AUGGCCGCCAUUAUGGAGAGCGAAAACACGAUCAUGGCUAUGUCGAGGCCGCAAGUCGGCAUAGACCGCCUGCAGGGCAGGAAGCCGGCUGCGGAGCAGAAGGAGGCCAUGAAUUGCAAGUCGUGCAGGAAACGAAAGAUCAAAUGCAACAGGCUCAAAUCGAGUUGUGAGGCUUGUCAGGUAUUCAACUGUGCUUGUGUAUAUGACGCGAUACCGAAGAAGCGUGGCCCGAAAACAGAUGUUCUGGAAGCGCUCCUGAAGCGUGUCAAUGGACUGGAGAAGCGAUUGAAAGACGAGCAAAAGUCAUCUUCCCCCGAGGGUGGAGAAUCAUCUAGUCCGACGCAGGAGGCGAAGGAAGUAAACAAAGAUUCUACCGACAAGACACCUAUUCGACCAUCACCACCACGAGUCGAGACGGAGAUGCACGAGCUCCAGCAAGUCAAAUCGAAUCCGAUCCCAAUCGAGCCAGCGCCACCAGCACAAGCACACGAACCUCUCGCAUUCACCGAUGCGCUCCUGGACACGUACUUUGCGCGCGUGCACAACAAGCCUUACUACAUACUCGACGAGACCGCAACGAGACAGAGGUUGCGAGAUGGUCGAUUGCCACGCUUCCUGGUCAACGCCAUCCACGCAGUCUCACUUCGAUAUGUUCCUCACCUCUGUGGUGGACAUCACGGCGCCAUUCGAUCCAGUCAAGACUAUGUAAUGCGAUCUAGGGCAGAGAUCGAUGUCGAUGAACCCAGCAUUGACAACUUACAAGCACUGCUUCUUCUGGCGAUGGCAAACUUCCAGAAUGGAAAAGGAAAGAGGUGUUACAUGGUCCUAACGCAUGCGGUCAGCAUGUCCUUCGCUCUCAAUCUACACCGCGAACUCCCAAGUGAACUUCGAAUAUCGACAUCCGAGCGCGAGGGCCGACGGAAACUGUUCUGGACCUGCUACCUGAUGGAUCGUUUCACAGUCAGCGGUUCGAAGAGACCAUCUCUCAUUUCAGAUGAAUCAAUACACCUGCGACUCCCAGGAUGGCAGCCGCCCGGCUCACAGGUCUGGGUGGACGGGAAUUUCUUCCCCAAUGGAUCCAGCUUGACAUAUGCCUCAGGAGCGGCAAACCCAGGACAAGGGAGUAACAGCAUGCUGGUCGAGAUUGUCAGAGUGCUUGGUGUAACGAAUCGCUACCUAGCCGCUGGUGGCGUCAAAGGCGAUUCGCACUUCCCCUGGCACGCUCAAUCUACGCUGUCAAGGAUCCGAUCGGAUCUCGAUUACUGGGCCGCUGCUACACAAGACGUCUUUACUUCGAUCGACACCCUGUUCGGAUCGCAUGACAGCUCGACUCUUGUUUUGAGUAAGCUGAUCUACCAUCUGAUCCAUUGCCUCAUCUACAGGCCAUUCUUGCCGGUCGAUCUCGCGGAGUUGUCUGGGACUGGACAGAAUCAGUCAUGGCAGAUUGAGGCCACGAAUUUGUGCUUCUUGCACGCAAAUGCUAUUGCUGAGCUCGUUGAGAUUGGCAAGAACACGGCAUUGCUGGACUGGCCAUCGUUUGUCGGAUACUGCAUCUGCACAGCUGGCACGAUCCAUGUCCAUGGCGCUCACUACAUGUCAUACCGAGAAGGCGACGCCUUCUGCCACAGUUCCGAGUUCCUCACUCGAGGAAUGGCGCAAUUGUUCGAGCUCCGUUUGAUUUGGACUGGCGUACAGCAUCAGCGCGAUACUUUGCAGACGGUCUGUGCAAGCCAUGGUCAGCUCGUGAAAUCUCUCGCUUCGAACCCCAUGCGGUUCUCGCCCGUCUUCCAGAUGGAGGACUUCUUCGAUCGGUAUCCAGGCUCGUACAUCGAUGGAGCCAACGUCACAUUCUCUGACAUCGUCGUGGAUGCCUCGUAUGAGAAUGUUUCCGCCUUUGACGGCUUCUCCCACCAGACGGACGUGUGGCCUGCCCAGUUCUUGCCUGAUGUGUAUGCGCCCACUGUGCCUUCUCAGCCCAGCCAUUUCCCUGGAGCUGUUCGAAAGUCCAAAAAGCGCCGGUCGACAACGUCCUCGCUACCAUACCCGACCCCAAAGCCUGACCCUUCCUCCCUGGUGCAAGCCACGAUCGAAGAAGAGCCAUCUUCAGAAGGCAUGCCGCCCGUGAUGCAAGCCAACGAGGACCAGCAAGUGCCAGGCCCAUCAAAUCAGGAACAAGAUCCCAACCCCAUGCUCUUCCAAGGCACCUUCACGCCCAACUUCGCCUUCAGCCCCGUUCAAUCUUCACUGAACUUGAAGUCCCUACCGAAUGGACACUACGAUGUAGCACUGAACGCGGCAGCAUAUGACCAGAGUACACCCAGCGGCGUCAGCGCGAGCACUGAAAAUGGCCACGUCGAGGCGGAGAACGACCCUUUCUUGAGCUUGCUGGAACAGUUGGCUGAGAAUGACACUUCUGGUCUGGGGACACAUGAGAACUUUGACUUCUUUAUGGGGCAGCAGAAUUGA